AUGACACAAAAUAAUUGGUCCAGUUUGAAUAAUAAUCGCGUAGACAGCUCAAUCAAAGUACUAAAAAAAUACAAAACAUCCCGGUAUUGUUCUAUAAUUCUCCAGGUUAAUACGUCAUUACAUGGAUCUAUAUUGAAUAAUGGUAAAAUCAGGUACGGUUGGAACUCAUAUAAAGUAUACAACCAUAUUAGCGUUAUUAGGUGUUAUAAGUGUUGGGGUCUAAAUCAUACGGCAAAUAAAUGUACUAAAGAUGAAAAGUGUAGGAAAUGUGGAGAACACCAUCAUGAAAAUCAAUGCAAUAGUUUAGUGAAAAAGUGUGUGAAUUGUAUUGAAUUAGUAAAUAAGCAAAAAGAUGAAAAUAUCGAUGUCCAUCAUGAAGCAACGAAUCUGAAAGUAGUACAAAAAAAAUUAUCAACACUUAGUAUAUUAGCAGUGAAUGUAUGCGGUCUAUUAAAACACAAAGAUGAUAUUGAUUUAUUAAUUAGUGAUCAUAAGCCUGAUAUUUUGUGCCUUAAUGAAACACACGUUAUAGCGGAUAUUCUGGAUGAUGAAAUUACCUUUGCAAAUUAUGAUUCGGUACGAACAGACUCUAAUAAUAGUAGAACAGGUGGCGUUGUCACAUAUAUCUUAAAAAAUAUAAAAUUCAGUGUAGUUUUUAAUUCUAGUGAAGCCAGUGAAAAUACAUGGUUACACUGUAUAGAAAUUAAAGGUAUAAGUGGUAAAUUCUACUUAUGUAAU